AUGCAGCUCACCAUCAUCAGCAUGAUCCUGGCAGUUGCCGCCGCCAUGCCAGUCCAAGAACGAUCUCUUCCCUACUGCGAUCAAGUACACGUCGACAUCGGCUUUGGACCUGGACCUGCUUGUCAACAACGACCAUCGUCCCUCCCCUACUGCGAUCAAGUGCAGGUAAAUCCCGGCUAUGGACCUGGACCCGCUUGCGUACCCAGACCUUCAUCCUACUCGAUCCACCGAGAAAACAACCCCUCUGGUCUCAUCAACUGCGCGGACGUGCACAUUCCUCCCGGUGGUGGACUCGGACCAGCGUGCUACAACCCCGAUCUUCCGGUUGAUGUUGCUCUUGAUAUUGUCGAGGACACGUUGCACUAG